AUGGAUCCCACCUCUCGUCCUGCCGUCGUCAUCGACAACGGCACCGGGUAUACUAAGAUGGGUUUUGCGGGAAAUGUAGAGCCGUGUUUUAUUUUACCAUCAGCAGUCGCAGUAAACGAGUCGUUUUUAAAUCAAUCGCGAACUUCUUCUUCAAAAGCGAAUUGGCUAGCGCAGCAUAGUGCAGGGGUUAUGGCCGAUCUAGAUUUCUUUGUAGGAGAGGAGGCGCUUGCCAAAUCGAGAUCUAGCAAUACUUAUAAUCUUAGUUAUCCAAUCAAACAUGGUCAAGUUGAUAAUUGGGAUGCCAUGGAAAGGUACUGGCAGCAGUGUAUUUUUAACUAUUUGCGUUGCGAUCCAGAGGAUCAUUACUUUUUAUUGACUGAAAGCCCACUUACUGCACCGGAGAGUCGUGAGUAUACCGGUGAGAUUAUGUUCGAGACCUUUAAUGUUCCUGGGCUUUAUAUUGCCGUCAAUUCUGUGCUUGCUCUUGCAGCUGGUUACACAACAUCCAAGUGUGAGAUGACAGGGGUUGUUGUGGAUGUUGGAGAUGGGGCUACUCAUGUUGUACCUGUUGCAGAUGGUUAUGUUAUUGGGAGCAGCAUUAAGUCAAUCCCUAUUGCUGGCAAAGAUGUUACUCUGUUUAUCCAGCAGCUCAUGCGGGAAAGAGGAGAGCAUGUACCCCCAGAAGAUUCAUUUGAAGUAGCUCGGAAAGUGAAGGAAAUGCAUUGCUAUACUUGUUCCGAUAUUGUCAAGGAGUUCAACAAGCAUGACAAAGAACCAGCAAAGUAUAUUAAGCAAUGGAGAGGUAUUAAACCAAAAACAGGGGCACCAUAUUCCUGUGACAUUGGAUAUGAACGAUUUCUUGGUCCUGAGGUAUUCUUUAAUCCUGAGAUUUACAGCAGUGACUUUACGACUCCUUUACCAGCUGUGAUAGACAAGUGUAUUCAGUCUGCACCUAUUGACACGAGGAGGGCUUUGUAUAAGAAUAUAGUGUUGUCUGGAGGAUCAACCAUGUUCAAGGACUUUGGUAGAAGAUUGCAACGGGAUUUGAAGAAGAUUGUGGAUACACGCGUUCUCGCAUCUGAAGCUAGGCUUGGUGGGGAAAUAAAAUCACAACCAGUGGAAGUGAAUGUAGUCAGCCAUCCUAUCCAGAGAUUUGCGGUUUGGUUCGGCGGUUCGGUACUAGCAUCAACGCCUGAGUUUUUUGCGCCUGUUGGGCUAGAAAUUGAAGAAUUUUGUGCUAUGACUUUUCACAGUUGA